UCUCAAAGCACACCAACCCAAUUCCCAACUUGUCCAAAAAGACAGACGUGCGCGGGUGUCGAGUCGCACUUUUCGUCACGUAAUUUCCGCCUCUCUCACCGCAUUUUACAAGCCCAAAAAGACUUUCUUCAUAUAUUUCUUUAUAUUUUGAUCAUAUUAUUCUCAUCUCUGUGUGUUGUGGAUGAUCAUACAUCGGAACCGGAUCCGAUAUUUGGGUCAAAGGCUCUGAAUCGAGAUCAGCAAUUGAUUCCACCCAAAAAGGAGGAGAAAAAGUCCGACAUUCAAGGAGCUAUUGACCAAUCAAAUUUGGAUCCGGCUUCUUUCUUUUACGAGCGAUAUUCUACACUAAAUUCAUCUCAACUAAGGGGGAGGGAGAUUCGAACCCGAGCAUUUGGUCAUGAGCAACAAGCAGCCAGUGAAGCUGGACGACGACCAAAUCGCGGACCUGCGGGAAAUAUUCCGCUCGUUUGAUCGAAACAACGACGGAAGCCUAACGCAGCUGGAGCUGGGGUCGCUUCUCCGCUCACUGGGGUUGAAGCCGGGGCCGGAGCAGCUCGAUGCCUUGAUCCAGAAGGCAGACACAAACAGCAAUGGCCUCGUGGAGUUUUCCGAGUUCGUAGGGCUGGUAGCGCCGGAGCUUCUCUCAGCCAAGUCUCCUUACACGGAGGACCAGCUGAGGCAGUUGUUUCGGAUGUUCGAUAGGGACGGCAAUGGAUUCAUCACGGCAGCUGAGCUGGCGCACUCCAUGGCGAAACUGGGGCACGCUCUUACGGCGGAGGAGUUGACAGGGAUGAUCAAGGAGGCGGAUACGGAUGGCGAUGGAAGAAUCAAUUUCCAGGAGUUUGCUCACGCCAUUACUUCCGCCGCUUUCGAUAAUUCUUGGUCUUAGACUCUUAGACGUGAUCAUCAUCCUUCAUCCAUCCAUCGAUUUUCUUUAAUUUCAGGUUAGGAGUAGCGAGGGAGCAAGCAUGAUCUUUAAUUGGGAAAUUUUUGAAAUGUCAACUUAUACAUUUUUUUAAUUUGUCAUAUGAACUAAAUUUGAAGCGAUCUA